UUCUUCAAUGUCCCACCCUCCACUACUUUCAGAGCUAUACCUUCUUUUCCCAUCUCACUGUCUCAACCACUUAGUUCUUUCUUUCUCUUAUCUCUUGGGAUUGACUAAGUCAACUCAUUUUUUUACUAUAAAUAGCAGACAUUAAGCUCAUCAGUAACAUCCAAAACAUAGAGACUCUCUUCUCUUCUCUUACUACAUUUAUUAUUAGUUUACAUUUGUUUUUUUCGAGUUUGUUUGGGAUAUAAGUGAUAUAAAUGGAGAAUGAGGAUGUUCCAUCAGCUCCUUCAACCCCUGCAACACCAGGGACUCCUGGUGCUCCACUCUUUGGGGUCAGGGGAGAUCAGAGAGGUGUGAUUAGUAGAAAAUCUCUUCUCAAGAGCUGCAAAUGCUUCAGUGUGGAAGAAUGGUCCAUGGAAGAAGGGAGAUUACCCCCUGUCUCUUGCUUAUUGCCACCUCCUCCAGUCUCACUCACAAGAAAGGUGGGCGCCGAGUUCAUAGGCACACUCAUACUAAUCUUUGCUGCGACAGCCACAGCCAUUGUGAACCAAAAGACACAAGGCUCUGAAACUCUUAUUGGCCUAGCAGCCUCCACUGGCCUUGCCGUCAUGAUUGUUAUAGUCUCUACUGGUCACAUCUCAGGUGCGCAUCUCAACCCAGCCAUCACCAUUGCCUUUGCUGCACUCAAACACUUCCCCUGGAAACAUGUACCAGUCUACAUUGGAGCACAAGUAAUGGCAUCAUUAUGUGCUGCAUUUGCACUGAAAGGAGUAUUUCAUCCAAUGAUGGUUGGAGGAGUGACAGUUCCUUCAGGGGGAUUUGGUCAAGCUUUUGCUUUGGAGUUCAUUAUUAGCUUCAAUCUCAUGUUUGUUGUCACUGCUUUUGCCACCGACACAAGAGCUGUGGGAGAGUUGGCCGGAAUCGCAGUUGGAGCUACUGUCAUGCUCAAUAUACUCAUAGCAGGACCAUUUACAGGUGCUUCGAUGAAUCCGGUACGAACAUUAGGACCAGCCAUAGCUGCAAAUAACUACAAAGCUAUAUGGGUCUACUUCACUGCUCCCAUCUUGGGGGCACUCUGUGGUGCAGGAACAUAUACUGCUGUCAAGCUGCCUGAUGAAGAUGGUGAAAAGCUGUCAACUUCUAGGAGCUUCAGGAGGUAAUUAACAUCCAUCAACGACCUGCAUUAUCAGAACUUUA